AUGGGUCUCUGGGAUUCGCUUCUUAACUGGCUCAGAAGCUUAUUCUUCAAACAAGAAAUGGAGCUCUCACUUGUUGGCCUUCAAAAUGCUGGGAAGACUUCUUUGGUCAAUGCCAUUGCUACUGGGGGUUACAGUGAAGAUAUGAUACCGACUGUGGGAUUUAACAUGCGAAAAGUUACAAAAGGAAAUGUUACGAUAAAGAUUUGGGAUCUUGGAGGGCAACGAAGGUUUCGUACAAUGUGGGAGCGUUAUUGUCGUGGAGUUUCCGCCAUUGUAUAUGUGAUUGAUGCUGCAGAUCGAGAUAGUGUACCGAUAUCGAGAAGUGAAUUGCAUGAUCUAUUAACAAAACCGUCUUUAAAUGGCAUUCCUCUUCUUAUUCUCGGUAACAAAAUCGAUAAGUCUGAAGCUCUUUCUAAGCAAGCUUUGGUUGAUCAACUAGGACUUGAAUCUGUAGCAGAUAGAGAAGUCUGUUGUUACAUGAUUUCAUGUAAGGACUCGAUAAACAUAGAUGCGGUCAUCGAUUGGCUUAUUAAGCACUCGAGAACUGCUAACUAA